AUGAUUUUGUUUUUAGUACCUGUUAUUUUUGUGUUAGUUUUAUUAGUGUCAUGGAUUAGUUUAGUUAGAGAGAGUCGCCGGUUUAAUAUCAAUGGGCCGAUGCCCUUACCUAUUAUCGGCAAUGCUCACAUGUUCAUGGCUAAAUCUACAGAGUUCUUAGACUUGGUCACACGGUAUUCGGAAAAGUAUGGUAAAGUGUUCCGUGUGCAUUUUCUAUCGGUUCCUACUGUGAUCGUCUGUGAUGCUAAAUUCGCUCAGGAGAUAGUAUCCAGUCAGGAGCACAUCAGCAAAGGUGGACCCUACAAACUGCUGGAAUGUUGGCUUGGUCAGGGUCUACUCACUUCUGGAGGUCAAAGAUGGAAGAGUCAUCGAAGGUUCUUGACUCCCGCGUUCCACUUUAAUAUCCUGCAAAACUUCCUCCCCGUGUUCUGCAAGAACCAGCGCGUGCUGACGGAGAAGCUGCGAGGACUCGCCGACGGCCGCCCAAUUGACAUGUUCCCUAUUGUCGCUUUGGCUGCUCUUGAUAAUGUUACAGAAUCCAUUAUGGGUAUCAGCGUCGACGCUCAAGGACAUGAAAGCGAAUCUGCCUAUGUGAAAUCAAUUGAAGAAAUGUCAUCUAUAGUAGCCAUGAGAAUACAAAUUCCAAUUCUUGGUCCAGACGUCGUGUUUAAUUUAACCCGGUAUAAGGGCAUUCAAACGAAAGCAUUGAAGGUGUUACAUCAACACACUAAAAAAGUAAUUGAUGAGAGAAGACAACAGUUGAAGAACGCUAACAUAACCAGUCUUAAUGCAAGUAACGAUGUCGGAAUAAGGAACAAGCAUGCGUUCUUGGAUUUGCUGCUGCUUGGUGAAAUUGAUGGCCAAAAGAUUGACGAUGAGAGCGUGAGAGAAGAGGUCGACACAUUCAUGUUUGAAGGUCACGACACAACGACUUCUGGUAUAUCAUACGCACUCUACUGUCUGUCUCAGCGUAGACAUAUUCAGGAGAAGAUAUAUGAAGAGUUGCAAACUAUUUUCGGUGACAAUAUGGACAGAGACCCAACGUACCAGGAACUUGGUCAAAUGAAAUACUUGGAGAUGGUCCUCAAGGAGUCGAUGCGGCUGUACCCACCAGUAGCUUUUAUUGAGCGAAGAAUAACAAGAGACUGUGAGAUCGGAGGCCUAAAAAUGGUCAAAGAUACAUCAGUCAUUCUAAAUAUCUACCAGAUUCAACGUCAACCAGACAUGUUUGAAGAUCCUUUGGAGUUCCGUCCCGAAAGAUUCGAGGAGUCUCUAAAGAACCCCUUCAGUUUUCUGGCAUUCAGCGCUGGUCCUAGGAAUUGUAUUGGUCAAAAGUUCGCGAUGAUGGAACUGAAGAUCACUAUUUCGGAGAUUAUCAAGCACUUCCACAUAUUACCUGUUGAUGUAACGCCCCAGUUAUGUUCUGACCUCAUUUUGAGAUCAAAGAAUGGUGUCAAUGUAAGAUUUAUGCCAAGAAAAUGA